GUCAAACAAUUUAUAGAGGUUAUGUUUGGAUAAGGUAAUAAUUUUAAUUUUACGUAACUACAAGCUAUUUUUCAACAUAAUUCGUAAAGUUAACUGUAUUACAAAUUAAAUAUACCACUAAGUUUUUUCACAAAAUGCGUUCACUUUAAGCGGCUAACGCUGACCCUCCAUCGGCUCGUGACGCUCUGACAUGGAUGAAUUGAAGCACAGAGCUGGUGAAAAACUCGAAGCAUUACAAGUAGCGGCAAAAACUGCAGCUGAUAAUGGUAAAUCGCGCGUACAAGAUGUUGUGCAAACUACGGUGGAUGCUAUACAGAAGAUCCGUGAAGCAUUUCACGACAUUUGGCACAACGAGCUGAUCGCGGAGGGUCGCGAGCGCGCGGCCGCCUGGACCCGGGAGGCAGUGCGCCGCAUACGUGAGGGUGCUCCACCACUCUCGCCCGUACUACUCUAUGAAGAGCUAGUGGCUUUGUGGCACGAUAGAGUAUGGCGUCGCAGUAUGCUAAUAUUCGCUUGCGGCGUGGUGGCGGGCGGUAGCGCGGGCGUGUUGCUGGGACUGAAGAUAUCGCGGAGACAACAUGGCGGACCUCAUGCGCGCGCACUGCACUCACAAGCCGACCAGUCCGUCAUACUUGUUGAAGAUGCUGUCGCUCCUGGUGCGGGAACAGGCGAGGUGUUAGUACGGGUGCAAGCAUUCAGCAUAUGUACGGUGGACCGAGGGGCAUUGCGUGGCCGCGCUCACCUACUGCGCUCGCUACUGUACCGGGGAUACGUCACUGUCGGGAGAGGAUUCGCAGGUGUGGUGCUGGACGUAGGUCAAGGUGUGACGGACUUAGAAAUGGGUGACGAAGUAUGGGGAUGUGUUUCGGAAUGGUGUGGCGGCGCGGCCACCGAGCUGUUGACUAUUCGCAGUACCCGAGUGAGCAAGCGCCCUCGCGGUCUCGCAGCCGAUACAGCGGCAUCCUUGCCCUGGGCCGGGGGCGAAGCCUUAAUGGCGCUCCGGAACAUCGCAUACACACCUGAGAACUCUAAAGGAAAACGGGUAGCAAUAUGUGGCGCGGCCAGUGGUGAAGGUUGUGCUUUAGUACAGCUACUGAGUACGUGGGGAGUUCACGUCACCGUCGUAGCGCCUCGACACGCCGCGCUCACACUCAAGGACCUAGGCGCAUCAGACUUCGUGGAUAUAGAAGGUAACAGGGAAUCAGGAGCAUGGUCGAGCCUAGAGGCGCGCGCCCGUCGUACCGGCCCGUGGGACGCAGUGCUCGCCUGCGCCGCCGCAGAGGUGCCGCCCAUAGCACUCGCCAACAAACCUGCAUUACUCAAGGCAAAAGCAUCGCGCACAGCUUUCAUCGACCUGAGACCGGGGCCGCUGAUCACCGACCGACUGCCGACACCUUUUGCCAUAAUAUUCGCUACUUCAUUCUACACGUUCAGAGUCUUAAGGUGGCUGGUAGGCUGUGGUUCCAAUACAGAUUGGCUAGAAGAUCGAUUUAGACUAAGAGAGGGCUUAGAAACUCUCGCCAAGCUCGUAGAACGCGGUACUAUGGCGCCCAUACUUGAUAAGGUAUACCUACCACAAGAGUUCGAGAGCGCACUCGCGCACGCGUGCAGUGACGACGCGAUCGGUACCACAGUAAUACGUUUCCCUUAGCAAAUUACAUACAUCUGUUCCUUUAUGUGAGCCUGGUACAUCCAGCUUUAGUUCUAAGUAACCAUCACUGCCAAUGGAGGAUCAUAAAAGUAAAUAGGAAUUUAGCUUAUUUUUACAAAAAUAAUUGCAUCUUAUCCAAACAUAACGAAAAUCUGAAAAAAAAAGUAAAAUAAUAAAUUUAGACAGCCGUUGUGUUGAAGAUAUAAAUUGAUUUGACUGAAUAGGCAAUUUAGUGAUUUAGCGCAAAUUCGAACGAAUUAUAUUUGUUUUUUUUUUAUUGCGAAAGAUACCUUUGUAAAAAUCGUCUUUUUACUAAGAGUUCGACUACAUUUAUUAUAUUUGUUACCAGGACCGCAUAAUACACGUAGCGAUGUAUUAAAAAUGGAACUCAAUAAAAUGUUCCUGUGGAAUGUUGUUCCUAAACUUAAUUUAAAAAUACUUUAUGAAAUAAGUUCAUCAAUUAGUUACUUAAUUCGAUUGUAGGAACACUGCGAAAUCAAAUAGGUAGUGUUAUCAUGGCCAUAUCACACUGAAUUCGUGCAAUUAUAUUUGGUCGAAUAUUAAGUAGGCUCGACAAUAAAAUCGUAAACUUAAAAUUAUUUACAAAUCGCAAGUAUUCAAACGUACUAUCAAAUAUAUUUACGUAUUUAUUUUGGAAUAUUUUUGUUUUUAAAACUACUUUUUUGUUGUUUAUUUUAGAGAAUUAUAUCCAUUGUUAUUAUAAGUUUUACUCUUAACGUUACCUAAAGUAUCUAUAUAAAAUCAGUGUGGAUGUCUUUAUGUGGCUCCUGAUUACGUCACAACAUCACAAGACUGUACAAUUAAUGUAAACAGAUCUGUAAAUAAUGUAAAUAAAGUUACUAAAAUAAAUAGGUGCUCAAACAAAAGUGUAUAUAAAAUAUUCAAUAAUUUUCUGAAAUUCAAAUUUUACUGAUUGUACGCCAUAUUUAAUGUUCCGGCCACACUGAACGCACCACGUUGCAGCAACGCUUGAUACAGUAAUUAGUAUAUUAAUUUCAUGUUCUAAUUGACGUAGCAACGGUUGCUGUAACGUGUAGUUGCAACAAACUUAUGAACUUUCCAAAUCUGAGCUUUUAAUAUACUCUGGUUUUGAUGCGAACACGUUUUGUGUCUGUAUUUACUUUUAACACAAUAUGUAUUACUUGAAUAUUAUUGUAUAAGUGCCAUUGUCAAGCUAGCUAAGUAAUGUCUAUGUUGAUACAAGAACGAUUUACGUAAUUAUAUUACAUUUUUAUCAAAAUGACAAUAAUUUAAUGUGAUACCAAAUCAUGCCUAUUUAUUUUAAUUCAAUUAAUUAUUUCAUAAAAUUGUGUAGAUGCUAGUUAAUAUUAGAUAAAAUAUGAAUGCAUAUGAUUAGUAUGCGCGACGGUCGCCGCUGGUCCGUAAUUAGGGCAGUUUUUUCAAACGAGAGAUAAUUCUUAGAACAUUAAAUAAUAUGUUCUUUAACUGUGGAAUAAAAUUGACAUUUGACAGUUUAUGGUAUGGAAGAAUUGUCAUAAUUAUACUCAAAGUUAUUCCCCUGAUAAAACUUGACUGGCGUUGGAAAAAUCGGACCAAAGACAUAUGUCGUUACGUAAUUAUAACAAGUAUCUCUUAAAAAAAAUAGAACGCCAAAAGAUACGAUUCUGGCAUACCUCUUUCGCUUCUAAACUGGUAAACGAGCAGACGGAUUACCUAAUGGUAACCAAUCGGCGCCGCCCAUGGAG